GCCCCUUUGUUGGCACGUUGAAUUGCCGCUAAACCAUCUUCCCCCCUAUCUGGUUUGGGUCAAGAGACUAUCGCUGGCAGGGGCGACCUGGAUGAUGGACGGGAGGAUGGUCACGAAGAGGUCAACUACAAUGACACUUGCCAAUGAUGAACAGAAUCACAUCAACUCUCCUAACUGGUGCUUAGCUCGGGCAAGCAGCCCUGCAUCAGCAGUGGAGUUGGCUGGGUUGGAGCCACAAGAGUCUCAUUUGGCACUGAAAAAUGAUGUGGAGCUUAUCAGAGCUCAGCUCCAUGCCCAGACCGAGGCUUUUCAAGCACUGAGCCACUCAAUUACUUUGUUAGAGCAAGAGAGCAACUACCAGCAGGGUAGGAUCAAUGCACUGGAAGAGGAAGUAAAAUUUGCUGCCCACUUAUCCCGUGGAGAGAUGUUUGAUGAGCUAAUACAGAAAAAAAUCCAAGAGCUUUGGAAAACCAUGACCAAAGAGGUAGAAGGGCUUCAGAGUUCCAUGGUCCAGAAACAAAGUUCAAUGGAGAAUCUAUCUCAAGAUGUCCUUGAGAGCAAAAAAUUCCUUUGGGAAGAGUUGGAAUCAGUUCAGGGUGAACUGCGGCGCAUCCAUCAAAAACUGAAGGACCAGGAGGUUGAUAUCACUAGAAACCUUGUCAGCAUUAAGAAAAUGCAAGAGAAUCAAAUGAAGUGCACGAAGUUCCUGACCCAACUGAGGGGCAAAACCCCAGAUGAUGGCCUAGCAGAGAAAGAUCAUAAACCAGAGACUGAAGAGCUGAAUGAAAUCUGGUCAGCUGUCAACACUUUACGCAACUCCAUUAUGAAUAACAGCACAUGGAGUGAGAAGAGGAAUUCUUUGAAAAUGAAAGAUCGAGGGAGCCGACAACACCGAAAAACUAAUUUGGUUGAUUCCAAUGUCUCUGACUCUGCCCUUCAUCAGCACUGACGCAGCAGCUCAGAGCACAGUUCCUAGAAGGGCAAAGGUAUGGAAGGAGAAUCAAGAUCCUAGAAAGAAGCUGGGUCAUCUUUGGAGCUGAAUUUUUGACAAUGCAAAUGAAAUUAAACCAAACUGCUUGGAAGACACUUGGUUUGGUCUUCACUGAUAGAAAGUUGCCUUAGAUUAAGUCAGACCAUUGAUCUAUCUAGAUUAGUAUUACCUACUUGAAAAAACUGGCAGUGGAUCUUCAGGUUUUCAGACCAGAAACUUUCCUGGUUUCACCUGGAGAUACCAAAGGGAUGGAAAUAGAAACCAAGCCAAUAACAGUAACAAUAACAACUAGCUAAUAACCUAUAAUUGCAGCCUCUCAUCUGUGGCUUACCUCUGCAGUGUUGUUUCCUCUAUUCAGGCAAGUUGUGAAUUUUAGGCCUAAACGGUCAAGCAGCUCAUUAAAGUCCCAGAAAAAGAAACAAAACUAAUAAUAAUCAAGUAAUCCUUCUUCUAAGACAUGUCUGCAUAAUAUAGAUUUAGCAAUUCACUCUUGUCAUUUGUAAAUUUUACAUUCUAAGACUAGACAUUUGAAAAAAAAUAAUUCUUUGCCAGUAUCAUGAGGUAUCCUGCAUCAGAUUACAUUGGUCUUGGAAGGCUUCUUGAGUGGUCCUUCCAUGUUGGAAGAUGCCCUCUCCCUCAUCCAUUCAUUCCACUGCUGCCAUCUCCAAACUCAUGGUUUUUGAUGGUGUUCUGAUGCCCACAUUUAGGAUUACAGGGAUGGCCUUCUUCCUUACCUUGAUUAUUACUUUCCUGCUACUUUCCUGGUCCAUAGUGUUGGAAACUUACUGGGAAUCAAGUCCUGUUUCUUUGGCACUUGAUACAGUCCCAUCUACAGAUCAAAGGAAACAAACCUGCCACUUAAUUCAGCUAGUAAAAAAACCCAGUUUAUUUAUUAAAGAUCAGCGCAAAGUAAACAGCAAUUAGCUGGCAAAAAAACAGGAUAAAGCAGGCAGAUAAAGGCAUUUUCAUAAUUAUCAUAAUAUCAAAUGACACAGAACUUUCCAGAGCAAACAAUAUGUAGGAAAUUAGUAUGGACAAAAGAGUGGCUUUUGGAUAUUCCUGAGUUAACCUUUUUAGAUACAUGGCAGCAACAGAAUAGAGAUGAAGAAUAGAACACCAAUGGUUCACUCUCUAUAUUGUACCAUGAAACAGAUUAUUUAAUGCAGUGCUUCUCAAAUUGUGGGGCGCGCCCCCCCGGGGGGGCGCGAGGC